AUGAAGCAGAUGAAAGUCAAAGCCCAAAAUGCAAAGCCCAAAUCUCUCGUCCUCCUCCACCAUCACUGCCUCCGCCUCGGCUCCGACCUCCCCGCCCGAUUCGAAUACACCAAACGCCUCUCCGGAACCCUAACCUCCGCUGCCUUCCGCCACUUCUCGCCUCCUCCUCCACCGUUCGCUUCCGUCUCUCACCCGCAACCCGCCGCCGCAACAACUCCGGCGUUGAGUUCGUCUCAGGUGGUGAAAGCUCUGGUCGGGACGUCGGUUUUCUCCGUCCGUAACACUAACAACGAGGUCGUGCUUAUCUCCGAUUUCAGUGGCGCCAAGUCCCUCGGGUUGCUAUGUUUCCGACAAGAGGAUGCGGAAGCUUUUCUUGCUUAGGCUCGUUUACGGAGAAGAAAUUUGAAAUCCAGUGCUAAGGUUGUUCCCAUUACUCUAGACCAGGACUUACGCGUCCGCCCACCCGAGGCGUGAGGUGGCCGCCUCUGGGAUUGGUGCAGGAAAUGAAACAGAGAGGAUGAAGGAGAACAGGUAGACAAACCGCCAUGGAUAGUAACAGUAAACUCAGUAGAUGGAAAGACAAAGAAGAAGAUGAACUGGAUGAACAUGAGCCAUCGCCUCAUGGAUUGUUUAUCGCCAUGGUUGCCUUCUGAACUAUGCAUUUGCACCAUUGGAUCCCCCUUGUACCCCGGAAAGUGCUUUGAUACUAAUUUGUUAGAACCCAAAAGGAGAUUCUAAUAGGAAAUUGGUGUCGAUACCAAGGAGAUAGGCUGAUCCGACAUUUAUCCGAUUCCGAGGAAUGUCACCUCCCAACUUUGAUCAAACCCUUGAUGAUAUUAUUCGUCAAUAGGAAAACCGUCAUAUAGAGGUUGGAGGGUCUGGAAGACGUCCUGAAGAAAAUCGAUCUCUGUUUCUGUAGGCGAGUGAGAGGAACUCGGGCUGGGAUGAUCUGAGACUCAUUCCACCCCGUAGAAGUUACGCCCGUCACGUCCAAGAGGGCGGCUAAUGAGUAGCAAUUGCCAAUUCAUCACAGAAUAGGAGUGGAAAGUGUACUUGGCUUCCGUUUUCGCGAAAGAACCAGGUAACGAAUAAGUUCUUACCUUCAAUCCGAGCAUUAUUUUUUUCCGAAGAUGACUUUCCAUAUUAGUUUAAGUCGGAAAGAAACAGGAACAUAAGAGAGAUUUCCGGGGAAUAAGCUCGACUGCAGUAGGAUGGUUUCAACCAUAAUGUGGUCAGAAUUUGAGCAAAACUUUCGACUUUAGUUCCGAAUUCGAAGCGAAUAAGCUCAUCCGAUAUUGUUUAACUUCGCGGUAACAAUCUGCUUAAUUAUGUCGGAUUCUUUGUCAUGAACUAAAGUAAUCGAGUUCGAUUCUCGUUGUAGACAACUACUUCUUUCUUGUU